AUGAGCAAUUCUACUAGAGGCAGUAAUAAUUAUGGAAGUGUCUCAGCAAAACCACAACAACGCGAUGAUUCAACAGUAAUUCGUCGAACAUUAGUCGAACAUGGCUUACGACCAGUAGAUGAUGGUAAUUCAUUGAGUAAUAAAGGGUCAACUGUUGCUGCUAUAGCAGCAAUGAAUCAACAGCAUAAAGAUGAACAACGUGAUUUACAAGAUUUAAAUGCUAAAUUUGCAACUUAUCUGGAUCGUGUACAAUUUCUUGAAGAUUGCAAUCAACGGUUAACAGCUGAACUACUUAAUUUAAAGCAAAAUUGGGGUGGAGAUGCAGAUCAAUUUCACUCUACUUAUGGUCCACAACUAGAAGCAUUUCGUCGUGAUCUUGAUCAAGCUAUAAACGAUCAAACACUUCAAGAAUUAAAAAUAAAACGAAGUGAUAUUGACACAUACCAAUUACAAACGCAAAUAGAUGCAAUCGAUCCUAACUAUGAUGCAUAUCAUUUAAAUAAAUUGAAACAAGAAUUAGAUCUAUCAUGUUUAACAUUAGAAGACCUGAAAAGUCACGUUGAUAAAAGUUUUACUGAUCUAGGACGAUUAAAAAAUCUUAUGGAUCAUUCAUUACAAGAUGUGAAUAGUUUAAAAAACGAAUUAGAUAAUCAACAAUUAGAACGUAUUAUUAUUGCAAAUGAAUUGCAAACAUUAAAAGAACAUCUUGCUUUUCAAUGUUCAGUUUAUCAAGUGCAACGAGCAGAUACGCUUUCUCUCAAUACACCUGCUAUUGAUCCAUCGACAUUUUAUCGUACUGAAUUAGCUCAUGCUAUAUCAGAUAUUCGACGAGAUUUUGAGAUACUUUUUCAAACGCAAACAAAUGAAUUAGAAUCGUAUUAUCAAGUUAAAACUGAACAAGUACGUGAAGAAAUCGAGACAGAAAAUGAACGUAAACGUUUAUUGGCUGCCGAAGGUGCUAUUGAAGUUUUGGAUCCACUCGUUUUAUCGUCAUCAAUACGAGAUAGCCAAAAUGAAUUACUUUCAUUGCAAAGUGAUCAUAAAAAUUUGCAAGCAGAACUCGAUGCUAUUAUUGAUGAUUUAGAAAAGAUUCAAAAUGAACAAUUAAGAGAAAGAGAAUCCUAUGAAAGAGAAAUUGUUCUAAUUCGAGAAGAUAUCGAAGAUAAACAAAAUACUAUUAGUAGUAUUUUAGAAAAUAACGUUUCACUUCGUUUUGAAAUGUCAACAUAUAGAGGUUUAUUACUCAGUGAAGAAAAUCAUAUAAAUAGAAUGGCACAAGGAUCACAAGCACAAAACUUCUCACCAGGCUCGUCAUUAUUGCCAUCAGACGGCAUAUCAUCAUUGGUAUUAACUUCGUCAACAGUACCGCCAUCUAGAGUAUCAACAUUAACACCUGGCUUAUCAUCUACGCUAACAUCCGAAGUAUCGACAUCAAUACCGGGAACAUCAUCAGCAUUACCAUCAAGAGGAGUAUCAGCAUUAGUAUCGGAAUCAUCAACGUCACCAUACGGAUUAACAACAACAGUCACACGUUCAUCCUCAUCGUCAACAUCAACGCCAUCAAAUGUAUUCGGAUUAUCAACAGGAUUGUCAACUGCAGUACCAACCGGAAUAACAACAACAACAACAAUCACAAAAGCAACGCCAACAACACCAUUAACUAUAUCAGCCUUAGCAACAGGAUCACCAUUAACGGUUACAUCCAGAGCAUCGACAUUAGCAUCGGGAUCACCAACAACAUUGCCAUCAGAUGAAAUAUUAACAUCAGUAUCAGGAUCAUCGUCAACGGCACCAUCUACAGCGUCAGGAUUAGCAGCAACUGGACUAACAUCAGUAUAUCAGGAUAAAGCGACUCCCAAUGUACUUCGUCAUACUUCAGGAACAAAGAAGAUGACGGUUCAAAAAAUAGCCAGAGGUCCAAUAUCAUUAGAUUUAGUUGAUUUAGAAAAUGAUUCAGUUGUAUUAGUUAAUGAACGAUACAGUGGCAGUGAACAAUCACUGCAAAAUUGGUCAAUUCAUCGUCAAGUCGAUCAGCAACCGGAAAUAGCUUAUCAAUUUCCACCAGAAUAUUCAUUAAAAUCACGACAAACAGUUCGUAUUUUUUCAAAACGUAGUUCACAAUUAAAAAGUUCAGUCAGUGAUGGUUUAGUUGCUGAUCAAGUCGAUACAUGGAGUAUAGGCCAACACAUGGUAACACGUUUAAUCGAUGAUCACAAUGAAGAGAAAGCAGUUUUAACACAAAUAUUUCAAUAA